GGUUCUACCCUGUUCCACCAUAGUUUUGUCAAAUGUCAAAUGGAUUCAAGAUUUCAUUUUAAUACUAAUUAUGUUAGCUUUCAUAAACCCUGAUUAUAUAUAAUAAAGUAAACUAUAAAUAAACGACGCAUAUUUAAUAAUAUUACAUAAAGCAAUAAUAUACCGUUUUUAAUUAAAUUUUAUCCUUUUUAAAAUAAAUAAGGAUGCUAGGUCAUCGAAAAUAAAAUGGCGGAAAAAAAUGGCGUCCAGUUCUUUUUAGAACCCUGUCUUUUAUAUAGGCAUCUCUUUUCAAUACACUGCAAAGUACAUAAGGCUAGGGAGUAGGAGCGCGCACGCGUCGUGAUCAAUAAGUCCACGUGAUCUGUCGUCACUUCGUCGAAACUCGCGUAAUUGCAAAAUGCAAAAUGAGUAGGAAAGAAACGUUUUUGUUACAAUGAAAUCACAAAUAUUUUUCCAUUGAAAGUUUAAGUGUUGUGUGUUAUAAAAUGCCAGCGUCAAUCGGCGUUAAUUUACGCGUGACGGGGCAUUGUAGCCAAGGCGGGAGAAAGUACAUGGAAGAUUUGUUUUCCGUUGCUUAUCAACAAACUGAGGAUGAGCGGGAUUUAGAGUACGCUUUUUUCGGCAUUUACGACGGACAUGGAGGCAGCGAAGCAGCAGCGUUCGCCAAAGAACACCUAAUGGAUUCAAUUGUAAAACAGCGACAAUUCUGGUCGGACAACGACGAGGAUGUUCUAAAAGCCAUCAGAAAUGGUUAUAUGCUGACCCACUUGAACAUGUGGAAAGAGCUAGAAAAAUGGCCUAAGACAGUGACAGGCUUGCCAAGCACAGCAGGCACGACAGCCAGUGUGGCUUUUAUUAGACGAGGAAAAAUAUAUGUUGGACAUGUCGGCGAUUCGGCAAUCAUACUUGGUUACCAAAAAGAAGGUUCAGAAGAAUGGGCUGCAAAACCUCUAACAUUAGAUCAUAAACCAGAAUCAACAACAGAGAUCGAAAGGAUACAAAGGUGUGGUGGUAAAGUGGUCUCCAAAGCUGGUGUUCCUCGGGUUGUAUGGAACAGACCACGACCUGGACACAAGGGACCAAUAAAAAAGAAUACACCAAUGGACGAGAUACCUUUUCUUGCUGUUGCGAGAUCACUAGGGGACUUGUGGAGUUAUAAUCCUCAGAAUGAUGAGUUCAUAGUCAGUCCAGAUCCUGAUGUUGGGGUUCUUACUAUUGAUCCUACAAAAUUUCGGUGUCUUAUUUUUGGUACCGACGGCUUAUGGAAUAUGAUAUCACCUGAAGGUGCUGUAAAUUUAGUUCAAGCCACAGAAAAGCAUAAUGAGGCUGCAUUAGUUGGUGGGAAUAGCAAUCAACCUAGGGAUUGGCUUAAUCCAUCAAAAAGCCUUGUUGAUCAUGCAUUAGAGAGGUGGUCUAAUACCAGAAUGAGAGCUGAUAAUACAUCAGUAGUGACACUAAUGUUGGACCCGCCGGGACCACCGCGUGCCACCGUGCUGCGGUCUCGCAGUGCCGCGCCCCGAGCCCCGGCCGACCCCGCGCCCCGCACCGACCCCGCGCCCCUCCCCGACCGACCCGUGCCGCAGAACGGACUCACCAUCAUGACGCGCUACUCCGACGCCGACCGCACCGCCGCGCCCCUGCCCCCGCUCCCCCCCUGCGCCACGCUCGACACCCGCCUCUCCGUGGCGCCCACAGACGACGCCGCCAGCGCCACCAGCCCCGCCGGCACAACUUCCGCCACUGAAGACACCGAUACAAUCACUACGUAUGGGAAUCCAGCUGAGUCGUACUUUAUGGCGCGCCUCCUCAAUCGCACCAAAAUAGUCAAUUCGCUCGCUUCCGUCCCCGAAGAACUCGCACACGUCGACAUCCCCCCGUCGGAGACGCGCGAGACGACGCCGCCGGCGACGCGCCUGUCCGUGCCAUCGCCGCCGCCGGUGUCCGACGUCGCAUCUGUUGCUCCCGUCGAACCGAGAGAGCCCUCCCCCCAGCCCUGCGACCCAGACGAGGUUGAAGACAGUGCUCCGCCCGACGAUGGCUGCAUUCAAAUCAAUGAAGUGUCGUCGAGUUCUCCUACGGAAGCCCCGCCCAGGCAACGCGGUCGCCGUUCCCGCGCCGACCUUCGUCCCGACGAACCGCCCGUCGCCAACGACCGCGUGCUGCGGUCACAUAACGACGCGGAACCGCCGCCCCGGCCGAAUACCCGGCAAACCGCUACAAGAAGUAAAGGAAACACAGUUUCCCUAGACCGUGUCGUCAUUCUGACGCGUCGUGCGCAAUCGCAAACGACGCCAGUCCCGAACAAAACUGAACCGCGUACACCUGCCAGGAAGGCUCAGAGCGGGUCCGAUGAAACUGUACCGGUAGACGAAGAGGCCGCGAAGGGAGCCAGAAUGACUAGAUCACAGGGUGGCACUGCAACUCCACUAGCUCAAAAGAUAACCCGCAGCAUAGGUGCGUAUGCGCGGGAACUGCGGGGAGCGGCUGUGGCGGCGGCGGCGGCGGCGGGCGCGCGGGCGGGAAACUCGGCGCGCGCCCCGGGGCCGGCGCGGCGGACCCCGGCGGCGCGGCGGCAGGGCGCGCGCUCCAAGGAGAACCUCGGCGCAGGGAGGGACCGCGCCCCCGCCCCCGCCGCGCCACCCGCCUCCCGCCCGCCGCGCCGCCGCGCUUCCGCUGAUGAGGUGCACUCCACUACCUCGGAGCCGGCAUCUUCCCGUCUGGAGGCCCGGGCGCUUCGGUCACGCAACGAGCCUGCGCCACCUCCAAACAAGCGCGCCCGGCGCGAGACUGCGUCGUACAAGGCGGCCGUGGAGCGGGUGGCGCGGGGGCUCGGCAAGCGCGCGUCCGGUCCGUGGGCGCCGGCGCUGUCGCUCCGCAACCGUCUCCGGCGCCGGCUCGUCAAGUAGCCGCAGAAGCCAAAGAAGCCCCUCGUGUCCGUCGAGCGUCCAUAGCGACUCCGCAACUAUAGUACAAACGAACACGUAGAACGUUUACUCGUAAGUUAACCGCGUGGACCAGGAGCGUUAGGUUAGUCUAGCUAAUAUUUAUUUUCACCUUAUUUUUAGCUUCUGUUCUGAUGCAUUUAAUUUAAGACGGAUAGUGAAUCUGACAUCAACGCGGAGACGCGAGAACCUCUCGGGGGCGACCGCCCGUGUACGAUGUGACUGUUAUUAUUUUCAAACGCAUAUAUGAAAACAAUUCUAAUUAAAAUUAGUAUACAUAUUUGGUUUAUUGUAAAAAUUUAGGAUUAGACCACGAGUGCUUUCUCCAUACUAAUAAUUAAGAGUGCUAAUAAAUUGAGUAAUUGUACAAAAUAAUGUAAUGAAUUUAUGAUCACCAAAAUUUACGUUCUACACCGUUAUGUAUACCGUUUUUCGCUGAAUAGACAGCGGACAAGUUAUUCUUUUACGAAAAGAAUUGUUUAUAUACAGACUUCCUAUAAUUAAGCUUUAUUGAUUUCUAAGAGAGCUCAUACGAAUGUUGUUGAAACUAUUUAAAACGAUGACGGAAUAAAUAGAUAAAUAUAACAUUAGUGAAAUAUUAAGUUUAUUCAAGUGUCUCUUACUAAUAAACAUAUCUAGGAAUGCUGUAUUUCACAAGGACCGAAACAAAGUGAUAACUUAGAAGUACUAUACAUUUUGUAUGCUUUUUUUUAAUGAUGGUCUUGUGAAAUGACAGCCUUUGUAUUAGUCUAAUUUCGCUCGCAAGUAUAAAUUUACUUUUCAAUGCGGAUAGAAUUAAAAAUAAGUAAACAUUUUGAUAGAGGUUGAGUAUAUGUCGCCAGUUUUGUAACGUAUGGAUCUAGAAAAAGUAUUUAACAAUUAAAAUAAUGGCGUUCUAGGUGACCUACAUACAUGUCAAAUUAACAAAAAAUUAAAAGGUCAAUAGUGGGUCAAAAUCAACAUUAAAUAUUGACAUUUUCGACACAGCAAUCAAACGAAGAUGGUAAAAAAAAAACUUGUUGACUUGAAUAUAAUUCCUUUGUAAUGAAUGGUCUGUCCUGUUUAUACUUGCGAGAAUCAAAAUCGGAGCCUUAAAUACAAAUAAGCAAUAAUGAGGUGCGUAUUCGUGCUUAAAAUAUAUCGAUAUUUCUAAUUUUAUUGUGUGUUUAUUGAAAAUGUAUGGAGUUCUGAGAUGUUCGAUCUAUUUACAAAUUGUUAAAGCCGAUUUUUUAUUCAUUAAGACGGUUAAAAAAUUUAUUAUAUUAUGCAUGCCUAUAAAUAAAUAAACGAAUGUUUAGGGACUGGUGAACAUAAAUUUUAAUGAAGUGGAAAAAAACAACUUUUUUACUUUUAUUGUUCUUUGUCUUUUUCAUUUUCUCAGUUUUUUUUUUUAAUAGUCAUAUAUCGUCCUUUAUGAUAUAUGACUAUACGUAUUUCAACUAUCUUCACUGCCAAUAUACAUACACGUAUUUACAAGAAAUAAUUUUAUUUGUUUGUGUAAUUAAAUCACUUUUUUAAGUUCAUUAGCCGUUGUUAUAGUCUCGGGACCCAGCUUGUACUCCACUUAAUAUUGUGUUUGUAUGUGAUUAUGAAACCAUUGAAUAUUUUCGUGCGACCAAAAAGAGAAACGAACUGUUAAGAUGUUUCCGUUUUUUUUGUUGUUGCUGUAAAAAUAAAACUUAAAAAUAUAUUUAGACGAAUAAAACUCGCGUCAUUAAAUGAUUUAAUAUAUUUCUAAGUACCUAAUUAGGGGGGACCGGAGUGUCUAUUGUAAGUUGAACAAAAUGUCCAAGAUUUUGUAAAUAUUUUUUUAUUAAAUAUAGGUGAAGUAUUUGUAAUAUGAUGUGCCUCAUAUGUUACCGUUACGACAACAAAUAUUUAGGUGUUCUUUGAUAUAUUGAGAUAUGUAUUUUUAUGAAGAGUAAUAAAAAUUUAUGCAUUGUAAUUUAGCUAUUAGUAAAGAGGAUUUCUAAUAUAAUUUUGUUAAGAUAAUUGUGUAUAAAUUUAAAAAGUCUGUCACUUACAUCACGUUUGUAGCACAGAUAAAUUUAAAAUGUAUUUGAGAUCAUAUUUAAUAAUAAAGCAAUUGAUGAAAAUCAACACUGAAUAUUUUUAAAUCGAAAUCUUUCUAAUAAUGUUUCGAACGAAACAAAAUCUGUAUACUAUGUAUGUUAUUUUCAACUCGCACUCAUCAUGAGCUUAUCAAAAUGAACCAGUGGCUAAACUACUUAGCAUAACGUAUGGCAAUUGUCUUAUGUCUUCGCUGUUGAAUAAAUAAAUAAAGUUUAUCAUUUAAUAUUGGUGUAAGUGAUGGUGGUUAUGUUUAUGAAAACUGCUCUAGCAAAAUUUUGUAAGCAAAAGGGUAUAUUUAAUUGCCUUGAAUAAAACCAUAUAGAUUUGUUAUGGCGAAUGCUGACUAGAUCGAUGCUAAAGUUUAAUUAUAUACAUAACUGAAGAUAAAAGGAAUAUAAUGUAGAUUUUAUUUUUUGAUUUAAAUAAAGUUUGUAUAAAAA